CUACACAAAGGGAUCUACUCCCUCCCUUAGCAGGAAAGGGCUACAAUGAGUGAUAUGAGCUGAAGGAGAAUGCACUCGCGGUUAUGACGCUGAUCACUACAAAACCGACCCCUCGAUCGAAAUGGAUUUGCGAUCUUAAUAAAAGAAGGAAAUCGACGUGUUUUUCUGGAUAUAUGCGAAGCACUCAUUGAUGGAAAGAUUCAAAGCAUCGUGGAAAUGAGAAGCAUCCGAGUGUGGAAACAGGCAGCGCGUUGGCUGUUUGUUUUCCCUCUGUUGUGGAAUACAAUUGGAGCUCAAAUUCGCUAUACUAUACCGGAGGAACUAAAAGAAGGGUCUGUUGUUGGAAACAUUGCAAAGGACAUUGGUCUGGACAUUUCAGACAUCGCUAAUCGUAAGUUACGGAUAGCCUCUGAUUCUAGUACGCAAUAUUUUAGUGUGGAUACAAGGAAUGGUGAGCUGAUAGUCAAUGGUAGAAUAGACCGAGAGGCGCUCUGUGGACAAAGCGCCAGUUGUCUGAUGCCGUUACAACUGGUUAUAGAAAAUCCAUUGCAGUUAUAUCGUGUGAAUAUAGAGAUACAAGAUAUAAAUGACAAUUCACCGAAUUUUCAUACAAAAGAAAAUGUUUUGAAAAUAUGGGAAUCGGUAGCUGUGGGCGCAAAAUUUCCAUUUGAAAGUGCCGAGGAUUUAGAUGUCGGUAGCAAUAGUCUCAAAUCGUAUACUUUGAGUAAUAACGCUUUCUUUCGUUUAAAUGUGAAAACACUGGAAGAUGGUAAGAAAGUACCAGAGUUAAUAAUUGAUAAACCACUUGACCGAGAGAAACAGUCUGUGCAUAAGCUCAUUUUAACAGCUUUAGACGGUGGCGAUCCUGUCAAAUCUGGAACUAUUAUGAUACAAGUAAUCGUUCAAGAUAUUAAUGACAAUGAGCCAAAAUUUGAACAAUCGCAAUAUAAAGCAUCUGUGCAGGAGAGUACGACACUUGGUUCAAGCGUCUUAACUGUAAAAGCCACUGACUUAGAUGAGGGCCUUAACGGCGAAAUACAGUAUUUUUUCGGUGCACAUACACCAGAUCACGUGAGAAAUAUUUUCAGUAUCAAUGUUGAAACCGGAGAUAUUACAGUGAUUGGAAAACUAGAUUACGAGUUGACAAAAUUAUACACGUUUGAUGUCUGCGCUAAAGACAAAGGGAGCCCAGAACAGGAGGGCCAUUCUUCAGUGAGGCUGGACAUCAUUGAUGAGAAUGACAAUAUUCCCGAAAUCAUUUUGACAUCGUUACCUAGCCCAGUGUCAGAGAAUGCAUCAGUCGGUACAGUUGUAGCUUUAAUCAACGUAAAAGACUUAGAUUCUGGUAAUAACGGAAAAGUAAAUCUUACCAUCUCCUCUCGUUUUCCUUUUAAACUAAAACCAGCAUUUGACAAUCACUACUCUUUGGUAACUGACUCACUCUUGGACCGCGAAGCUAAUGCAGAAUAUGACAUAGAAUUAGAAGCAAAAGAUUCUGGUGUACCAUCUUUAAAAUCUAGGAAAACUUUAAAUGUAAAAAUACUUGAUGUGAAUGACAACCCUCCCGUAUUCUCACAGACCUCGUACACAGUGUAUAUAAAGGAAAAUAGCCCACCAGGUGCUUCAUUGUUUUCAGUAUCUGCGUCUGAUAUUGACCAAGAUAAGAACGCAAUACUGAGUUACUCAAUUCUAGAUUUAAGCUCAAAUCACGUUCCAGCAUCAUCUUAUUUUUAUAUCAACUCUGAGAACGGAACUAUUUACAGCAUGAGCUCAUUUGAUUAUGAGAAAACAAAAUUGUUCAGUGUUCUAGUUCAAGCUAAAGAUCAUGGCUCUCCAUCUCUGAGCAGUAACGUCACUGUUCAUGUGUUUAUUCUGGACCAUAACGAUAACGCUCCUGCUGUCAUUUACCCAUCCACAUCCAUGGGGUCUGUCCCUAAUCAGAGGAUGCCCCGUUCUGCUAAAGCAGGACAUCUCGUCACUAAAGUAACAGCAGUGGACGCGGACUCGGGUCAUAACGCCUGGCUCUUCUACAGGCUCGCGGAGGCCACGGACGCGUCACUGUUCAGUGUGAAUUUACAUACGGGAGAAGUGAGGACUAAACGCGCUGUUUCAGAGCAGGAUGACCCCUCUCAGAGACUGAUGAUAGAGAUAAAGGAUAAUGGAGAACCGAUCCAGUCCACCACAGUCACAGUGGAUAUACUGAUAGAGGACGGGUUUCAUGAGCCCAUCUCAGACUAUAGAGAGAAAACUAUCGAGCCCAACAAGAAAAGCGGUAAAAUUACUUUAUACCUGAUCAUCUCUUUAGCCGCUGUGUCCUUGUUGUGUCUGAUGACGUUCUUCAUCUUACUGGUGAAAUGUGCGCGAGGCAGUAGAGGUGGCUCAAGCUGCUGUAUCAGGCGAACUGAUUCUGGAUACAAGAACCCCAACAGAAACCUGCAGAUCCAGCUCAACACUGACGGGCCAAUUAAGUAUGUGGAGGUUCUGGGAGGAGACAUGAUGUCUCAGAGUCAGUCUUUUGGUUCCUAUCUCUCUCCAAUGUCAGAAUUCAGUGAUCUAACUCUCGUUAAGCCCAGCAGCACCACAAACUUUACAGACACGCUAAACGUGCUUGAUGCGUCAUUACCAGACAGCGCAUGGACAUUCGAGAGUCAACAGGUGAGACGCAGAAUUAUUAAUUACCUCAAAUGGAGAACAGCAUUCUGUUUUUUUAUGGAUAUAAGAUCAAGAUUUGUUGAUGGGAAUAUCAAGCGCAACAGAGAAAUGAGGCACAGGAGGAUCAGAGGGUGGAAAUUGGCAGCGCUUUGGCUGUUCGCUUUCUCUCUAUUGUGGAAUACAGUUGGAGCUCAGAUUCGCUACACAAUACCUGAAGAGUUAAAGGAAGGAUCUAUCGUUGGGAAUAUCGCGAAGGAUCUUGGUUUUGACAUCUCAGAUAUCGCCGAUCGUAAGUUGCGGAUAGCAUCUGAAUCAAAUAGACAGUAUUUCAAUGUGGAUUCAGGGAAGGGUGAUCUGGUAGUAAAUGGCAGAAUAGACAGAGAAACGCUUUGUGGACAAAGCGCCAGUUGUCUGAUGCCACUGCAGGUCGUUAUUGAGAAUCCAUUACAGAUGCAUAACGUAGAGAUAGAAAUACAAGACAUUAACGACAAUGCACCAAACUUUCACAAUAAAAAUGGCGAAUUAUACAUAUCUGAACUGACUGCUCCAGGCACUCGAUUUCCCCUUGAAAUUGCCGAGGACCUCGAUGUUGGCAGCAAUAGCCUAAAGACUUAUUCUCUGAGCAAUAACAACUUCUUCCGUUUAAACUUAAAGACACUUAAAAACGGAAGACAAAUACCAGAGCUAGUGCUUGAUAAAUCAUUAGAUAGAGAGAAACAAUCUGUUCACAAGCUAAUAUUAACAGCUCUGGAUGGCGGUAAUCCGGUAAAAUCUGGUACAUCUUUACUGCAAAUAAUUGUUCAAGAUUUUAAUGAUAACGAACCGACAUUUGAAGUUUCUGCAUAUAAAGCAUCUGUUGUAGAAAGCGCCGUUGUUGGUUCAAAUGUGAUCAAAAUAAAAGCAACAGAUUUGGAUGAAGGUCCUAAUGGUGAGAUACAAUAUUCAUUCUCUGCGCACACGCCUGAACUUGUAAGAAAUGCGUUUACUGUGAACGCUGAAACCGGCGAAAUAACAGUAACUGAAAAAUUAGAUUACGAGACUACCAAAUCAUAUACAUUUGAUGUAUGUGCUAAAGACAAAGGGAAUCCAGAGCUCGAGGGACAGUCAUCGGUUCAGAUAGAUAUCAUAGAUGAGAACGACAACCCCCCAGAGAUUAUUCUGACAUCUUUACCGAGCCCUGUACCUGAAAAUGCAACGGUGGGAACUGUGGUGGCUCUGAUUACCGUCAAAGAUUUGGACUCCGGUAAUAAUGGUAAAGUCGAGCUAAUUGUCUCCCCGGAUGUUCCGUUUAAAUUAAAACCGUCCCAUAAUUAUUAUUCUUUGAUAACUGACUCAUUUCUUGACCGCGAAGUUCAUUCAGAAUAUAGUGUAGAAAUACUGGCCAUAGACUCUGGUGUCCCACCAUUAAAAACUGUGAAGACUAUAUAUAUUAAAGUUCUUGAUGUAAAUGACAACCCUCCAGUAUUCUCACAGACCUCGUAUAACGUUUACAUUAAAGAAAACAAUCUUGCAGGCACUUCAUUGUUUUAUGUGUCUGCAUCUGAUAUUGACCAGAAUAAAAACGCUCUACUCACUUACUCGAUUUUGGAUUUAAGUUCUAAUCACGUUCCAGCAUCAUCUUAUUUUUAUCUCAACUCUGAGAACGGUACUAUUUACACCAUGAGCUCAUUUGAUUAUGAGAAAAUUAAACUAAUAAGUAUCGUAGUUCAGGCUAAAGAUCAUGGCUCUCCAUCGCUGAGCAGUAACGCCACUGUUCAUGUGUUUAUUCUGGACCGGAACGAUAACGCUCCUGCUGUCAUUUACCCAUCCACAUCCAUGGGGUCUGUCCCUAAUCAGAGGAUGCCCCGUUCUGCUAAAGCAGGACAUCUCGUCACUAAGGUAACAGCAGUGGACGCGGACUCGGGUCAUAACGCUUGGCUCUUCUACAGGCUCGCGGAGGCCACGGACGCGUCACUGUUCAGUGUGAAUUUACACACGGGAGAGGUGAGGACUAAACGCGCUGUUUCAGAGCAGGAUGACCCCUCUCAGAGACUGAUGAUAGAGAUAAAGGAUAAUGGAGAACCGAUCCAGUCCACCACAGUCACAGUGGAUAUACUGAUAGAGGACGGGUUUCAUGAGCCCAUCUCAGACUAUAGAGACAAAACUAUCGAGCCCAACAAGAAAAGCGGUAAAAUUACUUUAUAUCUGAUUAUCUCUUUGGCUUCUGUGUCCUUGUUGUGUCUGAUGACGUUCUUCAUCUUACUGGUGAAAUGUGCACGAGGCAGUAGAGGCGGCUCAAGCUGCUGUAUCAGGCGAACUGAUUCUGGAUACAAGAACCCCAACAGAAACCUGCAGAUCCAGCUCAACACUGACGGGCCCAUUAAGUAUGUGGAGGUUCUGGGAGGAGACAUGAUGUCUCAGAGUCAGUCCUUUGGAUCCUAUCUCUCUCCAAUGUCAGAAUUCAGUGAUCUUACCCUCGUUAAGCCCAGCAGCACCACAAACUUUACAGACACGCUAAACGUGCUUGAUGCGUCAUUACCAGACAGCGCGUGGACGUUCGAGAGCCAACAGGUGAGACGCAGAAUUAUUAAUUACGUCAGCAUAAAUAUAUAUUUUAUGUGA